UAUUGACAGAGGUUCGAUUUCCUGAUUCAGGUCUCAACAUUACUCGGGAAGUCAUGGAAUGUACACAACUGGGACGAUGCAGUGUUCGUGAAUACAGGCGAGGACCAACUGUUGAGAACUAUCUGCAAGAAUUCAGAGGAAAAGAAAGCGUUGUAUUGGAAAAUAUCAAGCACCACACUGAUGACGGUAAAUUAACCAGAAUAACAUAUCUAUAUUUUUUAAUGGUAGUAUCAUAGCUACUGGGAAUGACAACCCAAUCUGUCC